UUGGAGUUAAAUACUUGAUUAAAUAUACGCGUAACUUCAUUCAACCCCAAGCCUAAGAACUUACACCUUCAAUUGUUUAAAUACGACUGCAAAUGUUAUCGGUGCAACCAAAAGAGGCUUCGUUUCAUGCUUUCAUUCACAGAAACGAAACCAAAGCUGGGUUUUCCUGCGUUUGUUAAUGUCAAUUGUAAACAGUGGCCGGACUUCAAGAGAGAAGUUCUCCCGCGAAGUGAGGGUAUCACAUCUCCAAGGAAGGCGGAGUGGGGAUGCAGGGGUUUUGGAGCCGAUCCGAUGGCCAUCCAAAUCCGGGCAAACGGAGUUUCAGGCAGUCAGUAGCUGGCAAAACGGUCAUCGGAGUGGUUCAAUAUGUAUUACUACACGGCACACGUGAAGCAGACCUUCACCACACUGGAAGAGUUCCAGGAGGCGUUCAAUCUGUUCGACAAUCGUGGCGACGGCAAGAUUCAGCUGAGCCAGGUGGGCGAAUGCCUGAGGGCCCUCGGCCAGAAUCCCACUGAGUCGGACGUGAAGAAGUGCACCCACCAGCUGAAGCCCGACGAACGCAUCUCGUUCGAGGUGUUUCUGCCCAUCUACCAGGCGAUCUCGAAGGCACGUUCCGGUGAUACGGCCGAUGAUUUCAUCGAGGGACUGCGUCACUUCGACAAAGACGCCAGCGGCUUCAUCUCCUCCGCCGAGCUGCGUCACCUGCUGACCACGCUGGGCGAGAAGCUGACCGACGAGGAGGUGGAGCAGCUGCUGGCCAACAUGGAGGACCAGCAGGGCAACAUCAACUACGAGGAAUUUGUGCGCAUGGUCAUGAGCGGCUAAGCCAAGUCCGCCCGAUUCCAGCUAUCCAGCACCACACGACAAUAGAAGCAGCCACACUAUCCAACACAACACAAAACACAGCACUAAAUACACCUGCCAAGCUAGCUGAGCCGUUCAUUCCGCCAGAAGUUCCAACUCCGUGAUUCCAACUUAGCCAUUCUGCCCCUCCGUAUAAAUGCUGUUCUGCCACGAACAAACCAAGGACAACGACCAAGGAUAUCGAGAAAUAAAUAUACAGGGGAAAGUGCCUUAUAGGCAGAUGAAAACAGAAAACUGAAUACUGAAAACCUAGAGAUUGGAGCUCUUCCCACUUCCAACACUAACCAUCGAUGUAGACAUAGAUUCAUGAUUAACCACAACUAAUCAAACCGCGUCUGUGAAUGUGCGUAUUAUUCUAAAAAGAAGCGAGGUUAAUCAGUUAUUAUAUCACCUAGUUCAGGCGUUCUUUUGUACCAAUCACACUCGAUACAUAUAUUAUAUAUUUCAACGGAAGAAUACACCGAGAAUAUCACGAAAAAGUAUUUCUAAAUUAAAUUUGAUAUGCGUAGGUGGCGUAUGUCCGAAUUUAAAUGCGCAUUUUGAAGUUUUACAUGUUUAUUU